UUGAAGGCGGAUGACGUGGGCGCUACUCAUUGGCUAGAACACGUAUUGGUGGGCGAGAAUCAGACCUAGCUACGAAACGGGAAGGGCCAGCUUGCACUCCAACACGCGCUAGGCCGCCCCCUGUUCUUCACAGAAGCCUCCCCAUAGAUAUUUAGCCGCCAUGAUUGUCUGCUUCUCGCCGUACCUCAAUGGCGAGAGAGCCGUGGUUAUACUUUUCAUCGGUUGUGUGCUCUUCUCUCUCCCACUCUCUCUACUCCUCCACGGCGUCGCUCUCUCUCUCCUCGCUAUCUUCGCUCUCUACGUCGAGAUACGAGUGGAUAUUUCCUCCUCUUCCAUUUCUCAAUUCAAAACCAGGCCUGGUGCUUCCUCGGGGAUUUUGCUUGGUGCGGUCACAUUAUCUGCUGUUAUGCUCUCUAAGUUGAUACAGCUGUCAAGAGCCUUCUCAUUUCAUGAAAUUGAAUCUGAAGAACUUAAUUAUCUGGCGAUCCAGUACUGGGCAACAUAUGCUAGCUGCUUCAGUGUGCUUAUCUUCCUCUGCUUUGUCAUGCGGCAUUCACUGGACAAUGCUCACUCCCCUCCACAUUGGUCAUGGGGUGCUAAGUUUGGUUUAAGUUGCAUUGUUUUAUCUGCAGCACUGUUCAUUUUGUCUGGUACUGGGAUGCAAACAACAUUAAAACUACUGUGGGUGCUCUUUCAUGGAUUUGCAGCUGUGAAAUUAGUGCAGCAUCUACUUAAUACCUUUCCAUCAUGUGCUUCCAUUGGGGAAGCACUUUUGGUGACUACGGGUCUGGUUCUUUACUUUGGUGACAUGUUGGCCUGUACCAUUUCAAAGCUUCAUGGAUACUUGAUCUCAUCAGAGUCAGAUCAUGUACAAUAUGGAAUUCAAAGAAGUGAGAUUAGUACUAUCAUUCAGGGUCUACUUCUUGGCCUUCUUCUCUUCCCAGUUUUCUUUAAAUUUGUUCUACAUACAUGGGAUUGCUUGUUCAGUGCAACAGUCUUAGCAUCAGGGACAUAUGAGAGAGGAAGAACUUUUUUAUUUUAUUCUUCCCUUGGUCUCAUCACUGUCGUGAUCACCCCUUCAUGGAUGCAGUUUGUUCAGGAUUUUCAAGUGCAUCCAUUUUUAUGGGUGUUGACAUUUGUCUUUUCUGAGCCAGUUAAAAGACUUUCAUUAUGUAUCUAUUGGUUAUGUGUGAUUUAUGCAUCUGUCCUGCGGUUUUACAACAUUUCAAGGAGUAGUAAGAUUGAGAGGAUUCUUCUUCGGAAGUAUUACCAUCUGAUGGCUGUUUUAAUGUUUCUGCCUGCUGUCAUCUUCCAGCCAAAAUUUCUUGACCUUGCAUUUGGUGCAGCCUUGGCUGUUUUCUUGACCGUAGAAAUUAUUCGAAUAUGGAGAAUUUGGCCAUUGGGACAACUCGUACAUCAAUUCAUGAAUGCAUUCACAGACCAUCGUGACUCUGAUCUUCUUAUUGUCAGCCACUUUUCACUCUUACUGGGAUGUGCACUUCCUAUUUGGAUGUCUUCUGGGUACAAUGAUCGACCUCUUGCUCCUUUUGCUGGGAUUUUGAGCCUUGGAAUUGGGGAUACAAUGGCUUCAAUGGUUGGGCACAAAUAUGGUGUCCUCCGGUGGAGCAAAACUGGAAAGAAAACCAUUGAAGGCACUGCAGCUGGUAUAACAUCUGUCCUGGCUGCUUGCUCAGUUUUGCUUCCAAUUCUUGCAUCCACUGGAUAUAUUUUUACACAGCAUUGGGUCUCUCUUCUCCUAGCAGUGAUUGUGAGUGGUUUGUUGGAAGCCUACACAGCACAACUUGAUAAUGCAUUUAUACCACUCGUUUUCUACAGCCUUCUAUGUUUGUAACUGCAACUUCAACCUCAAAAAGAAGUGUAUUAGCAGCCAAUAAAGAAAUUCUCCAAGAAAUUCUAUAAUUUAUAUGUUCCCUUGAGAAACAUUUUUAGACAAACUAACCUGUUCUUAGAGAACACAAACAGCUUGUAGUAUGGUAUAUUCUUUCAUAGGUUGAGAUGGCUUUUGGAUAGGCUUAGGAUUGACCAUAUUUCAUACUAAUGUAAUACUGGUUGUUUUUACAUUAAUGAAGCAUAUAGGGUUAAGCUUGAGAAAUCAGUAGAGAAUUUUAGGAACAUUUUUUUAAUGUACUGCUGUAUUUUAAUGUACUGUUGUAUCAAUGUAAAGUCUCAAUAUCAACUAUCAAAAAAGAAAAAAAAAUUAAAGUCUCAA